GACGUUGCUAGUACUUGCUCGAUUUCAUCAAGUUUUCAUAAAUGUAGUGCUUAGGAAUUUUCAAUAUGUUUCUAAUAUAAGUAGUUUAUUAGGAAAAUAAAAUAUUCCAGUUUUAAAUGACGCCCACAAAGACUACAAAAACUGAAGUAGAAAUGGUGAUUCGGAACAGAAAAACUGUUAUGAAAGACGGGAUAAUGACAAUGUCGGGUAUCGGAGAGCCUUCAGUCUUCCACGCAUUGGUGGUUAUUUUCUUGGAGUUUUUUGCAUGGGGACUACUCACAAUGCCGAUUAUAUCGGUCUUAAAUGCCACUUUCCCGGAUCACACGUUUCUAAUGAAUGGUCUCAUAAUGGGCAUCAAAGGAAUCUUAUCGUUCCUGUCAGCUCCAUUAAUUGGAGCUUUAUCCGACGUGUGGGGGAGAAAAUUCUUCCUACUAGUGACAGUGUUCUUCACAUGCGCGCCGAUCCCGCUCAUGACCUUCAACACCUGGUGGUUCUUCGCAAUGAUAAGCAUUAGCGGUGUAUUCGCAGUGACCUUCUCGAUCGUGUUCGCGUACGUGGCUGAUGUAACGACAGAAGCCGAGAGAUCGCGCGCGUAUGGCUUGGUGUCAGCAACAUUCGCCGCUAGCAUGGUUAUAUCGCCUGCACUAGGCGCCUACCUCAUGGACUUGUACGGCGAGGCGCUCGUUGUCGCCGCCGCCACAGCAGUAGCGGUCCUUGACGUCUUCUUUAUCAUGGUUGCGGUUCCUGAGAGUCUUCCAGAAAAAGUGCGCCCGAGCGGCUGGGGCCCAGCUAUAAGUUGGGAGCAAGCAGACCCCUUUGCUGCUCUGCGAAAAGUCGGUGCAGAACGUACAGUGCUAAUGUUAUGUGUCGCCGUGUUCUUGUCUUACUUGCCCGAAGCCGGACAAUAUUCGUGCAUUUUCGUGUAUUUGAAACUAGUGAUGGGCUUUGGUGUUGUGCAAGUGGCGAUAUUUAUCGCGAUUGUUGGUGUCCUUAGUAUCGCCGUACAAGUUGUUCUCGGAUUCCUCAUGCGAUCUCUCGGUGCAAAGCACACUAUUAUGCUUGGAUUACUGUUUGAGAUGAUGCAGCUCAUGUGGUAUGGGUUUGGUAGCCGAACGUGGAUGAUGUGGGCUGCAGGAGUGUUAGCAGCCCUAGGCUCACUUACAUACCCAGCAAUUAGUGCAUAUGUGUCAGUCAACAGCAGAGCGGACAGACAAGGUGUGGUACAGGGAAUGGUGACUGGAGUACGAGGGCUCUGCAAUGGACUCGGCCCAGCUAUGUUUGGUGUAAUUUUCUACCUAUUCCAUGUUGACCUUAAUGAAGAACAUGCAGUGCCAGGAAUUAAUCCACGACCUGAUGAAGAGAAAUAUGUUAGGAUGGUCCCUGGACCACCUUUUGUCCUUGGUGCUCUACUCGUUAUUUGUGCAUUACUUGUGGCUGCAUUCUUGCCUGAGGAUGGCACAGUGGGAGCAAGACGAGCUUCACCAGAUUUGCGGUUUGAGGUGGAACGUGGACGGCGCGUGGCUGGCCCUCUGUCCCCUUUGAUGGCACCUGAGUCUGCUGCCCUCUAGCUAGCGGCCAAGGCCGGCCGAGCGGCCAGCGUUUAAUUGACAGGGCUGUGCACGCCGUGUGGCGUCUGGGAGAUUGCAUUUAUGAAGGUACCAAAGCGAACUCAGUGAAAAGUGAGUCCACAAUUUUAUGAUUGCACCAACUACAUUCCUGCAUUUCAUCUGUUAAUUACUGCUUAUCUGAUACUUGAAUACUUGUUCAUGUUUUUUAAAACUUUAAACUUAUUUUUGUAAUCAUUUCCACGGGCUCUAGGAGUCAUGUACAUAAUACUAUAUUUUAUAAAUUAUAAUAAAAUCAUAAGUUGUUUAAGUAUCUAUGUUUCGUAUUUCGAGCUGCACAUCACACAAAGAAGGCAAAAUUUUCAAUAUAAUGCUUAUAUGAAGUUGGAAUAAUUAAAUCUGGUAAAUAUGAACACACUUAUGAGGAAAAUGGCACAUUCCGUCAUUUCCUUAAAUAACCGUCGGAAACAACUAAAGUUUAGAAAUGCUCUAAAUUUUUCCUAUUUGUAUAAAUAGAAAUAGGAACUAGUAUUUUUUUUUAAAGUUUAAUUGUAAACUUACGGUCUUACUUAUAAACAUUAUUUUGCAGGUGACUCGUUAAUCAAUGCUGUGUCUACUUCUUUCGAAUGUCAAAUCAGUGACGACAGAAAGAGAUAAAGCAGUGUUUAACUAAACCUCUUAGCAACCUUUAUAAGAGCAUUAGUGGAUAAUAGAUUAAAAUGUGAAUUAUAGAAACCAUGUUGGAAUUUAAGAUUGCAGUUAAACUCUAGAGUAACUUUAAAUUAAAAAACAAUACCUGGAAAGAUAACUUUAAGUGGCAUUAUUGUUACUGUUACAUGAGCUGCCAGAUAAAAUAGAUGAUACAUACAAAUGGGAAUCAUUAUUUUGGCAACUAGCAACAUUAAUAGUGUUUUGAUAAUAAAUGAUCAAUGGAAGCUCAAGCUUUACACAAAACAGGCAACAUUAAACAGUAAAUAAACAUUAAUAUUCAUAAGAAAUUAAAAAACAAAAAGCGUGAAGAUAAAAAAUAUAUUAUUAGAAUAAUAUUUUGAAAUUAUGAAACCACAGAUUAUAUUCAAAAGUAAGUUUAAGCAAAUUAAGUUAUACAACUAAAAAGUUUAUAUUUUCAUUAUUUGAUUUUAAUUUUUUAUAUAUUAUUUACCUAAUUGUAAUUCAAGAUGUCCACAAGGCCAUGGUCAUAAGGUAAAAAACAUUGCAUAUAUAAGCUCUAGCAAGAUGUUAAAUCAAUUUGCGAAAAUACGAUUUUUUAUAACAGUGACUAAAACAAUAAACUUAAAAAAUUCCAUAGAACACCCAUUGAAAGUAUCAAAAAAAAAAAGUAAAAUAUAUUUCGAAUGAAAAAGGAGAUUUACAGAUAAACAA